UGCAUAGAAGGCCUAUAAAAGAAGGAAGUUGGCCGAGAAGCCAUUUUUUAUGCUGUUUUUCUCCCCGUGUAUGAGUUUCAUGCAGUCAUGCCUGAGCCAGCGAAGUCGGCUCCGGCCCCGAGGAAGGGCUCCAAGAAGGCGGUGACCAAGGCGCAGAAGAAGGACGGCAAGAAGCGCAAGCGCAGCCGCAAGGAGAGCUACUCGGUGUACGUGUACAAGGUGCUGAAGCAGGUGCACCCCGACACGGGCAUCUCGUCCAAGGCCAUGGGCAUCAUGAACUCGUUCGUCAACGACAUCUUCGAGCGCAUCGCGGGCGAGGCGUCGCGCCUGGCGCACUACAACAAGCGCUCGACCAUCACGUCGCGGGAGAUCCAGACGGCCGUGCGCCUGCUGCUGCCCGGGGAGCUGGCCAAGCACGCCGUGUCCGAGGGCACCAAGGCAAAGGCUCUUUUCAGAGCCAUGUACCUUGGUACUUAGGGGUUUGUAAUACGUGUUGAUACCUUUAAGUUUCAGGCUUCCAGUGUUUUCUCACUAAAAAUCUCCUUUACACCUGUCAGUAUUGAGAGCUGCUGGUAGUUGAAAUAACUUCUAGCGUUCUGGGUUCGAGUAGCUCCCUGCUAACCUUUGCUCAGGCAUCGUUUUCCCACGUGUUUUAACUACACCUAUUUGGUUCCACUGCCACGUUCUCUGAGGCCCCCGUGUUCCACAGUGCUUUGGCGAGUUGGUAUUGAGUACUGUGUGUGGGGGGAGGUCCCAGUGGUUGAGUUUUUGUGAGGACCUGGUGUGUCAUUCCUUCAAACGAAUCAUCCCUGGGCUUUCCAUUUUUUCAUGGGUCUCCUUUACCAGUGAACCAGUGAAGUGCCUGGCCAUAGUGAGGCAAUAUGCACGCUUUCCGACUCAUUCUGUAUCGGAGUCUGGAUGUUCGUCAUUUCUCUGCGGUGCCCAUCUCCAAGGUGGAUGUGCGCCUCCCACUGGCAGUAACAAGUUGUGCCAUUUGUUUUUCACAUAGAGAUGGGACACGUCUAAGCUGCAGUGUCACCGCUCCAUCUCACCCCAAUGCUGCGCCCUUCGGUGGGCUGUAAUGCAGCACAGAUGCAGUGGGCCUCUCACUCUUCUCUGCUUCCUGGGCGCUGCCAGAGACAGCUCGCCCAAGCAGUACGCUUCCUGGAUCAGCAAGGGAGUGUGUAAGAGGGAAGCCAGGGUCAUUUGUCACACUGUCAUUGACAGCCCGUCCUUCGCCUUUCUUCAUUAGAACCCAUCCUUAGCUGGUCCCUUUGCCUGGGGACUGUGUGUAGGCGGCUGUGUUUGUCCAGAUGGGGCCUCGGGGAGACGUCUCAGGUGCUCCUGACUGAGUUAGUAAUGGGAGCCAUCAACACUGCGGCGCAUGUGCAUGCUCCUCUGGGCAGAGAAGGCCCCGACCCCUGUGAUCACAGUCACAGGCGGACCAUGGCAUCCUGUGAGCAGGAGAGCCUGGGGGUGGGGACUUAGGAUGAGUUAUCUGCCUCAGUCCUCCUCUAGACCACCUGUCCCCCACUGGGAGGAGGCUGGGCCUCUGCACACAGCCUUCCCUUUGCCCAUCCACCCAGUGUCAGCUGGGUUCCUGAGAGACAAUGAAAACGCCCCGUCAGGGAGGCGGAAUGGAGGAGGCAGGGAAGGGACACUUCAGUCCUGUCCCUGUCCCCAACAAGGGCUUUCAGCCUGGCUUUUGAAAUGGAUUCAGCUUGUAGGUUAUUAGACUCAUCCUUGUCACACUCAGGAGUUCUGAACCUGAGCCCUGCCAGUCCGCUGUCCAGGCUCCUGGGGCCCUGGCCCUGGGGUGGCCCUGACCCUGGGGUGGCCCUGUACUGGUGACGACCUCAAGUCUGCAAUGGUGUCUUGUAGUCGUCUAGUGCUUGUGGCAGCUUUUUCCUGGCUGGAAUGUGUGAGACUUGGCCCAACCUGCCCUCAGUGGGGGCCCUUGUUCCCUCAGUCCUGAGUCCCUGCUGGGGGACUUCCCUCAGUGCAGGCCCUUGUUCCCUCUGUCCUGAGUCCCCGCUGGGGAACUUCCCUCAGUGCAGGCCCUUGUUCCCUCAGUCCUGAGUCCCUGCUGGGGGACUUCCCUCAGUGCAGGCCCUUGUUCCCUCUGUCCUGAGUCCCCGCUGGGGAACUUCCCUCAGUGCAGGCCCUUGUUCCCUCAGUCCUGAGUCCCUGCUGGGGGACUUCCCUCAGUGCAGGCCCUUGUUCCCUCUGUCCUGAGUCCCCGCUGGGGAACUUCCCUCAGUGCAGGCCCUUGUUCCCUCAGUCCUGAGUCCCUGCUGGGGGACUUCCCUCAGUGCAGGCCCUUGUUCCCUCUGUCCUGAGUCCCCGCUGGGGAACUUCCCUCAGUGCAGGCCCUUGUUCCCUCAGUCCUGAGUCCCUGCUGGGGGACUUCCCUCAGUGCAGGCCCUUGUUCCCUCUGUCCUGAGUCCCCGCUGGGGAACUUCCCUCAGUGCAGGCCCUUGUUCCCUCAGUCCUGAGUCCCUGCUGGGGGACUUCCCUCAGUGCAGGCCCUUGUUCCCUCUGUCCUGAGUCCCCGCUGGGGAACUUCCCUCAGUGCAGGCCCUUGUUCCCUCAGUCCUGAGUCCCUGCUGGGGGACUUCCCUCAGUGCAGGCCCUUGUUCCCUCUGUCCUGAGUCCCCGCUGGGGAACUUCCCUCAGUGCAGGCCCUUGUUCCCUCAGUCCUGAGUCCCUGCUGGGGGACUUCCCUCAGUGCAGGCCCUUGUUCCCUCUGUCCUGAGUCCCCGCUGGGGAACUUCCCUCAGUGCAGGCCCUUGUUCCCUCAGUCCUGAGUCCCUGCUGGGGGACUUCCCUCAGUGCAGGCCCUUGUUCCCUCUGUCCUGAGUCCCCGCUGGGGAACUUCCCUCAGUGCAGGCCCUUGUUCCCUCAGUCCUGAGUCCCUGCUGGGGGACUUCCCUCAGUGCAGGCCCUUGUUCCCUCUGUCCUGAGUCCCCGCUGGGGAACUUCCCUCAGUGCAGGCCCUUGUUCCCUCAGUCCUGAGUCCCUGCUGGGGAACUUCCCUCAGUGCUGACCCUUGUUCCCUCGGGGACGCUUUUUCAUGGACAGUUCUUCCUAGUAGGGAGAGCAUUUACCCCCGGAGCCAACAGUACAGGUGUUUGAGGGCCUUCGACAGGCCUCUGGGGCACACCGCUUCUUCCUCUAGCCCACUCAAGACUUGCUUUUUGGCCGAUUUCAAGGUAGAUAUGAAGUCCUGCAGGACACAGCAGUGUCGGCCAGUGCGGAGGGACAAAGGCUCGCUGUGAAUGCCUUCCUUAAAGUGCUGGGCAUCAGAGCAGACAAGGGCAUGCUGACAAGCCGGGGCUGGCAACCAGCAGCUGAGUCCCACUCUGAAAACUCACAUCCUCCUCUCCCCUAACCCUUGCCCUUCCAGGCCAAACCAUCACAGCCCUCCCCACAGGACCCACAAAAGAACAAUUAGAGUCAAAAGCUAUGGCCUGCUAGUUUCUUUUGAACUCUGGAAUCUGAAGUCUCAUGGAGAAGCCAGCUGGGCCCAAUUUAAACUAUGAAAUAAGCCCAAAACACAGAACCCAGACUGCACGGAGAAUCACACCAGAGAAAAUGACGUCCAUCGGAACCAAUGUGGCAGCCAUCAACAAGCCUGAAAUAAUACAGAAUCUUUGCGACUACUACCCAAUACUAUGUUGUAAAAAGCCUUACACAGCUUAGGUUCUUGCCAUGGUGGGAUGGGCUCAUUCAUGAGCUCCCCUUUACGUGUUUUGGCGGUGACAACAGCUGCUCAGCACGGGGAAUGGCUCCUGCGGUGACAAGUCACCUAGACCAAAGGCUUCUCUGGUCCCAUCACAUCCAGGAAGAAGGUAAUGGUCUCUAUGGCUUAGAGCUUUGUGAUAGAGACCUUCGUACCCGCUCCAAAGUUAGGAAGUGACCGGGCCCCUCACGUGUAACCCUCCACGAGGGCAAUGCAUGCCCAAGCGGAGCGCCUCCUGGGAAGCAGCCCAAAGGAAGCCUCUCUGACCAGAUGGAAACCCUCCCCUCAGGGCUUGUUCAGUCACCCAUUUGGGACUGUGCUCUGCAUAGGCGCUCUGUCCCUUCCUUUCCUUAACUAACUGCACUCGCUUUCCCUGUUCUGUGUCCGUAUCUCCAAUUCUUCUUCCAUGGGAGACAGAAUCAGAUAUGCUGCUGCUUCCGCACUGGCUACUAGGCCCAUGCACCCCAACUUCCUGCAUACCUGAGAAGUGAUGGUGGGAAGCUCACGGGUGUUUUCAGUUACAGCCGGACAUCUCUGCAAGGCCCUCGGAAGAUCAUGCUUGGUAUUUGAAUUCUGCCACCAAAAUAAGCUUUGGUCUUUACGCGCUUUGUUCUUUUUUUUUAUUGAGGCAGAAUAUUACUGAAAUUAGCUCUGCUGACAUUUCUGGGAAAACAGACUCAGUAAUUUCAAAUAAAUGCUGAUGUCUGAGGGUUUCAUAUUUAUAGUAUCAUUUGUGAACAUUAUGAGCUACAUGUUUCUUUCAAUCAUACAUAUAUGUAUGAUUUUCUGUAGGGUGAAUAUGCUCACUGGAGAGAGAGAGAGGGAGACUGAGAAAUCAUUCCCUCCAGGAGGGAGGACCAUGCGGCAGUCCCCUCUCCUGCAUUCUCCUUCUGAAUUUUGGGCACUCAUGCA